UGGGAUUUAGGGUUUAAGAAAUCGUCUGAAAGGGAUAGAUUCGAGAGAGAGAGAGAGAGAGAGAGAGAAGGCCAGAGGAAAAAAAAAAAUGGGCAAGACAAAGAAGAUGAAGGGAAGCCAAAGCUUCAGGCAAAGGCUGCUUCUUUCAACACUUUCAUCAACACGUAUCACAAUCGAUGAGAUUCGUUCCGACGAUAUGAUUCCUGGUCUCCGUCCCCACGAGAUUUCUCUUCUCCGCCUCAUCGAAACUGUCACCGAUGACGCCGUCGUUGAGGUUAACGAGACCGGUACUCAGUUAAAGUACAAGCCUGGAAUUAUAAUGGGAGGGAAGAACUUGGUUCAUAACUGUGCCCUGAGUCGAUCCAUUGGCUAUUAUCUGGAGCCAUUGGUUGUGUUAGCAUUAUUUGGCAAGAAGCCCCUUUCUAUUAGGCUCAGAGGAAUUACAAAUGAUCCAAGAGACCCGAGCGUUGACACAUUCCGUUCCACUACGUUGCAAAUCUUAAAGCGUUUUGGAGUCCCUGAAGAGGGUUUAGACCUUAAAAUCGAAGCCCGUGGAGUAGCUCCAGAUGGGGGUGGAGAAGUUCUCUUAACAGUUCCAACUGUUAAGACUCUAACUGUGGUUCAUUGGGUAGAAGAAGGAAUGGUGAAGAGGAUACGUGGUAGCACUUUCUCUACAAGAGUGACUACUGACUUUGAACAUUCCAUGAGAUUCGCAGCUCGUGGAAUCUUUAACAAUCUCCUGCCUGAUGUUCACAUUACCCUAGAUCACAGAGCUGGCUCUCAGGCUGGAAAAUCUCCGGGAUAUGGGAUCUCAUUGGUAGCAGAAACAACUACAGGGUGUUACAUGUCUGCAGAUACAACAGUGUCUUGCUUAAGAACAGACGAAACUGAGCUUGAUGUAGAGAAGAAAGAGAGAUUGCCAGCAGAAGACACAGGCGCUGAAAUAGCUUCAUGGCUUCUUCAUGAGAUUGAGAAAGGUGGAGUUGUCGAUUCAACCCACCAGGGGUUGCUAUUUAUACUGUGUGCGUCAUGCGAACCAGACUUGUCAAAGGUUCGAGUGGGAACGUUAUCUCCUUAUGGUGUGGAGACGUUGAGGAAUAUAAAGGAGUUUAUGGGAGUUCAGUUUACAAUCAAACCUGAUCCAUUGACAGGGACUGUUAUACUCAAGUGCGUUGGAAGUGGUUUAGUUAACCUCUCCAGAAAGCUGUCUUGAUUUCGUACAAUUGUUGUUGUGUUUUGUCAACACAAACAGCUUCACAGUUUUUGUCUAAAUGAAACUUUAAAUGGAUGUGUAUUCUCGACCUUGUUGUAAUGGCAGUUUUACAUUUAAAUUUAUGCAUUUUCGUCCUGGA